UUCCAUUCAUUUUCGCACGUUCCAAACAAAUCCUAGUUCCAAAGAGAGCAAUGUACUUGUGAUUUCGAACAUGUACGAAGCGAACAGUUAACAAUCCGCCUCUGCUCGCUCGCUCGCUCGCUCUCUCUCUCUCUCUCUAGCGCAGAUUCCCAUCGCAUUUCCUUCUCUCGUCUACCCUCUGCUUCUCCAUCCAUACUCUCUCUCUCCCCCCUCACUUCUGCCGAUUUUCUCUCUACAGUCAGCCGCCCACCAAACCGUUUUCAUUCCAAUUCUUCCCCAACCCACCGAUCUAUCGCAGUCGUCGAAUUCACCGGCGUCACUCAUAGGAAUCCGGCGUGUUGUUUAACCGGUGACUUGUCUUCUAUGUCUUCUAUUUGAAACUAUUUCUUGUUUUGGAAUCAAAGUUGAGAAAACUAGGGUUUUGGAUUCAAUUUUGCGUGGUAUUUUACAAUUAUGCCCCGGAGUUUUUCGCUUCAGUAAUCGCACAGACAUAGCAAACACAGUUCCAAAGAGGGUAAAGCUAUUUGAAUUACUCUCGUUUGGAAUCAAAGUUGAGAAAGCUAGGGUUUUGGAAAUUUUUUUUUUUAUCUGGUUCGCUGUAUUCGUACGUUUUACAACCAUGCCCCGGAGUAGUUCGCGUCACAAAUCGCACAAACAGAGCAAACACGGUUCCAAAGAGGGUAGAGAUCACUCGGAACCAGAGAAAGAGGAUGUGAAGAAGAUGAAGGAUAGGAACGAAGGUUCUGUUAGGGAUUCGGGUUCGAAGCGAAAACUCGGUUCAUCCAGUCGUGAUAAUGGUGGUACGGAGGAAGAGUAUGUGGCUUCGAAGAGGCGUAAAGAGAAGGCCGAUGAUAGGUGGACUGCCAGUGGGGAUGAAGAAGGCGGAGUUGCAACAACAGUGGUGAUUAAGGAGGUGAAAGGGGAAGUUUUGAGGAUUGAAGGAGAAAAUAAGUCAAAACCUUCGGUUGAUUUGAAGAGGGUUGAUGGAGAGAAUAAGUCGAAACCUUUGGUUGAUUCGAAGAGGGUUGAAGGAGAGAAGUCAAAACCUUUGGGGGAUUCGAAGAGUAAAAGUAGUAGAAGGCAGGAAAGUGGUAGUGAGAAGAAAGAUGAGAGUGUGGGUUUAUUAGCGGAGAAAGAGGAGACUAAGAGUAGCACAAGCAGAGUUGAUUUGAAGAGGAAGUCUGAAAAAGAUUUGGGGCCAAAAGAGGUGCAGCAGAAUAAGGAUUCGAAGGAUAAGGAACGGGGGCUAGAGAGGGAGAGGAAAAGUAUUCAGGACAUUAAACGGGAAAAAGAGGCGGCUACUGUUGAUGUUGAAGCGGCAAGGAAACAAGGGGAAGAGCGACAAGGAAAACGCGGUAGAGAAAAUAAGGAGUAUCCUCUACAGGAUGAGUUACGGAAUCCCGAGCUAGAAAAGGAACUCGAGCGACGUAUGAGGAAGAGAGGUGAUGGCUCUACUGAUAAAGAUAAAUAUCAUGAUGGUGGAAAAGAAAGUGAAGAUGGACGACUUUCUACAAGGGGAGAGCAGCGUGCCAAGGAUGGAAGGUACAAGGAUGAAAAGAAUAAGGAUGGAAGUUCUGGAGAUAAGCACCGUGAAGAUAGUGAGAGAGGUACUAGACACAGAGAUGACAAGUAUAGGGAAGAUGCUGAGAGAGAUGGAAGACGCAGGGAUGUUAAGUAUCGUGAAGAUGGUGACAAAGACUAUAGACACAAGGACAAUAAAUACCGUGAAGAUGGUGAGAGAGAGAACAGGCACAAGGAUGAAAAGUACCGUGAAGAUAGUGAGAGAGAUAAUAGGCGCAAGGAUGAUAAGUACCGUGAAGAUGGUGAUAGAGAUAGAAGACAGAGGGAUGAUAAGUUCCGUGAAGAUGGUGACAGAGAUAAAAGACAGAAGGAGGAUAAGUACCGUGAAGAUGGUGACAGAGAUAUUAGACACAGGGACGAUAAGCAUCGUGAAGAUGGUGAUAGAGAUAACAGACACAAGGGUGAUAAGUAUCAUGAAGUCAGUGACAGAGAUUAUAGGCAUAGGGGUGAUAAGUACUAUGAGAAUGGGGAAAGAAAUGAUAGACGCAGGGAUGACCGGCAUGUGGAAGAUGGUCACAUGGAUAGCAAAGCUAGGGAAGAGAAGAAUUGGCAAGAUGUUGGUAGAGACAGUAAAUACAGGGAGGGAAUGCAAAGAGAGGAUGAUGAGAAAGAUAAGAGGCUUCGGGAUGUUGACUACCGGGAUGAACAGUCCUCUAGAGAUCGCACAAGUGGUAAGUCUGAUAUCAAGCAUUUGAGGGAUGAAAGUAAUGCUGCAGCAGAACUACAUCACAGGAAAUUGAAUAAUCGCGAUGCUAGCCCAAUUUUUGAUGAUCAGAGUUCCAGAUACAAGGAUGAUAAAGGCAGGAGGAGAACCGGUGAUAGAGAGGACCAUGUUGAGAUUAGACCCCGGACUAAUACCAAAGAGGAAGAUUAUGAAGGAGAAAAGAUCUUGAGCAGUGUGAGAGUAGAGUUGGUUGGUGAUAGAGGAAGAUCUAACUCACGUAACACUGCUUUGGAGGUUAGUGCGAACCACAGUAGACGGAUGAAUUCUCCUAGCUCUAGCUCUCAUGCCGGAAAAGAUCAUUACAGGCUUGCAAAGCAUGAAGAAUCAAGGAGUAGGGACUAUAUUCGUGAAGAGAGAAUUAGGCAUAAUGUAACUUCAAGCAAGGAUUAUGCUGAAAGGGCUCCACUGUCUCGGUCUAUUGAGAAAACCCUUCAAAAGGAUGACAUCCGUUUGGUUGAGUUUUCUGCUGAAAGGCAUCCAAAGGAAGAUGCUCACUCUUCGCCCUUACAUUUGGUGGAUAAAUCGCCAUCGUCCACGAGUACUGACCGCAGACAGUUGAAUAGAUCUGGUGUUAGGCGAAAUCUUGAUAUUGAGGACUCAGGGCAGAGAAGUGGUGGUUCAAGAGAUGCAAAGAGCCCAUCUCAAGCAGAUGGGGACAACAAGUCUGUAUCUUCACCUUUUAGUAGAACUGGUAACUUUUCUAAUAAUCCGAGGUCCCUUCUACCUCCUCCUCCCCCCUUCAGAAUGGGGCCCGACAGCCCUCUAGUUUUGGGCUCUUUUGAAGACGACAAUAGAAGUAAGCCAAACAACUGUCAUAGGAGGAUUGGUGAUCACACCACGGGAAGAGCACAAGGAAGUCCUUGGAGAGGUGUCCCCAACUGGUCUUCCCCUGUGGCAAAUGGCUACAAUCUGUUCCAGCACGGCCCACCUCAAGUUUUCCAUCCAGUUAUGCAGCAGUUUCCUGCUCCUUCAAUGUUCAGUCUUAGACCUCCUUCAAUGGAAUUGAACCAAUCUGGGGUUCCUUACCAUGUACCUGACGGGGAUAGAUUCUCUGGGCACGGGCGUCCGCUUGGUUGGCGGCAUACGGUGGAGGAUCCCACCCAUGGAUGGGAUGCAAGUAAUGCUGUUUUUGGGGAUGAAUCUCAUAUAUAUGGGAUACCAAGUUGGGACCAGAAUAGUAGAAACCUUACGGGUGGUCAGGUGUGGGAGACAAAUAGUGGAGGCGUGAGGAAAGGGCAUAACAGUGGUUCAAGCACAGAGUUGCCAUCUGCACCAGAUAUAGUUGAUUAUUCAACUCGUGGACGAGCAGAUGACGUUUGGUCUGGCCAGUCAUCUCUUAAAGCUCAGAACGAUGAAAAACAUCCCAGUGCUCAGGUGGAGAGCAUUCACUUUGAACAGUCGAAUGACGCUAAUGAAAAGAAUGCAUUUGAAACUCCCAAAACUAUUCCUGAGGAAAUGCCCAGCCUUCCAAGAAAAGAGGAUGCUUGCCUUUCACAUCUUUAUCUUUCCAUGCUUGACAUUUCACCUGAUCUUACUCAACCUGAAUUAUAUAACCAGUACACAAAUUUGGUGGGUAUGGAUCAGAACACUGUUUCUGAUGAGGAUCAUUUCAAGUUUUUGCUUAUGGAGGUAAAAUUGGAGGCUAUGGACGCCACAGCAAACCUCUCAAAUAAAAGUUCAAGAUCUUCACUUUUUCCUACCUUGAAUCAUCCUGUUUUGCAGGUUUACUUGCAGAAAGCCAUGUCCCUGUACAAGAAGACGAGAGAAGUCGUCAGGGCUAUAAAUGGAGAUAAUAUACCAAUUUUCAACGUGGAGAAUCUUGUGUCGGUUGUUGCAUUGGAUCAAGAAGGAGCAUGUUCAAAUGAUAAACCCGGAGAUGUGGUAGAGUGUGAUCAUCAAGAAGCAGUUGUUUCAGCUUUAAACAAAGUGAAGUCCAAAGUGUCUCCUGAAAUCACCACUGAUAAGAUAGACGAACCAGUUCUGGGUGAUGGUCAGGAGAAAUUGGAGGCCGCAAUUGCAGUUCUAAAGAAGGUGGAAGUGGAGUUGAAUCUGGUUUCACAGCAACAGGGGACACUGCACUCCAUUGUGGAAAACAAAUCUUCUCCUCCAGAAAAUGUGGAAAGAUCUGAUACCCAUUCACUUGAUAAAGUUGAAGAGGUGAAUGAGGCUAGAGAAUCCAAAGGCAACUGUUCUAUCGCAAAUGAUGUUAAUUGUGGUCUCUCGUUUUUUUCUGAGGUUUCUAAGGAGGCAGUGAUGCCAGAGUCGGUCGAGUCUGAGUCAGUAAAUUUAAGUCGGAUACAUCAAUCUCCUGAAAGUACACAUUGAGACAAUUUAUUUGCGCUGCAGGUUUUUGAAAUGCCUUCUGGUUCUUUUUGAAAUAAUGCAGCUAUGAUGUUGUCUAUGCUUGCUGCAUUAUCUUUAGUUCGUUAAUAAAACUUUUUGUCUUCAA